AUGUCAGCAGAGCUCGGUCUCGCAGCGUUUGAUGUUGCUGCAACAUCCAUCCAUCUUCUGGUAUUCAUCAUACGGUCAGCUCAAAACGUGCAUCAGCUGCCUGCAGAAUGCGCGCAGGUGAAAAGUAUCGCCGUCGUAUUGAAGGCAGGGCUUGACGCGAACCAAAAUGUCUUGGAUCAGACCUUGGCUUCAAAGCUGAACACGGUCCUGCAAGAGGUCUUGAGAUUUGUCGCUGAAUGCGGACAAUCAAACCUCGGGCAGCGUGCUUGGGAGGUCAUGUGGAGACGCCGUUUGCCGAAACUCCUGAAUGAAAUGAUGACUUGGGUUGCUAUUGUCCAGGCCGGGGCCACUAUGUCCACUCGUUCCGACUUGCUAGGACUUGCAACGAGGAUGGGGGAGAAUCAGUCUCGUCAGCAAACUGAUCUAGCAGCGAUCCUGGAUAAACUCCGAAUUCUCGAUGAUCUAAAGAAGGUGGCAGAUCGGCAAACUUCACCAGAACUGAAGAUCGAUUUCCCAGAGGAUGAUAUCUGCCUUUCGAUCACGGGUGCUGACGGCCGCGGGCAGUUACACGGGAUCCUGACCUCGCCGAGCGGCGACCAGACUCAUGUGGUCUGCGAACCCAUACAGGACAACAUUAUGAACUAUGGUCAGGCCGGCCCGCGCCAUGUGCUGAUUUAUGCUCGGAUAUCAGCCAACACGCUGGUCCAUCCAUUCUACGGGAUUGCGCAGCGGCGGGGACGAAUGUGGGCUGUGGUGAAAGACCUGAGGACGUCAAAGACGCUGGCGCAGGCGAUUAGGGAUACUCAGCUUCCGGCUUCGGUGCUGGACAGAGUGGCCAUUGCGCACCAGAUUGCGACGACAGUCGAGUACCUGCACUCUGUCGAGGUACUUGUCAAACGCCUCUCCGACACCAAGGUGCUGCUUUGUAUUGAGAACAACUCGAUUACACCUUACUUGACUGAUUUAGAACAGGCUCGUCUGUUCAAAGAGCACACGAGUGGGGGAUGCUAUGAUAUCCGUUAUGAGGCAUCGGAGUUUCGGGGGCUACCAAACAAACAACAUAGCGUCUACAUGGAUAUCUGGAGUCUAGGAGUCCUAAUCUGGCAGUGUGUCACUGCAACAUUCCCCUUUGGCGCUUCGGAAGAGGUAACCGAUGGUUCGAUGGCUGACCUAAUUCGUAACAAGGUCGCACAGGGUGAACUACCAUGGAGAACAGAUGCCAGCAAUACUGUUCAGAAUGAUCGAAUCCUCCAGCAAGUGAUGCAAGUGGUGGACUCCUGCUGCAACCCCAGGUACGAUCUUCGACCAACCGCCGCUGGGGUCGCACUUUCCUUGUUUGAUAUCAUCACUCUCUCCGUUAUGGGAAUGGGACUUUCCCCGCAGAUUAGUCACAAUGAAGCUGUGAAAGACCGAGUAUCCAAGAUUCUUGAGACUGAGAAGACCACCCCGGAAGCAUCAAUCUCAGAUAGCGACGUGAAGGAUCUUGUACGUCUCGCGGAUGACGGCGAUGCAACAGCUUCCUAUCUUCUUGGCAAGGCUGUGAUUCGGAGGAAGGCAAAUCCGGAACAAGCCGGCGAAGCGCAGGCCUUCUUGCUCAUUUCCGAGGGAAGUUAUUUGCAGCAAGAAUUGCGUGCUCGCUCUGCGCUGCCACGGCUAGAGUUCGCUUUCCAGGCCGGCAUCAAGGCUGCGGCAUAUCCUUUGGCGCUUGCCCAUAGUUCACUCGCGAAGCUGUAUCAACGACAAGCAGCGCAAUACAAACAAUUGAGCUCCCUACCCGCUUAAUUUCUUGGCUUAUCCCGUCGUCAGGGGCGGUUGCGAACCUUUGAAUUGUAAGCAAAGAGCCUAGUGAGACCCCCUC